AGAAGGGGGAGGCGGUAUAAAAGCGCCCUCCAUCCGCCAGCAGGCUUCACUCUGGAGGCGGGCAGCGGAGAGGGAGGACUGGAAGAGCACACCCACGCGGACCUGAAGCCCAACCCCCUGCGUGGUAUUUACCAACAACAGACAUCUGUUGGGCCGAGGCAUUUCUUCCAGCGGAUCUGAGCUUACAUUGAGCACUAAAUGCGCAGAGGAGCCGCCAAGCUCGGAUCGAAAGUGGAGAAAAAGAGGCACUUAGAACGCACAGUGACCAAAAAAAGCGCACAGGCCGUGGCCGUUGCCUUCCUCAAUGCAUACCCUUUGUGCCCGGGGAACCAUGAAACCAGAGAUCAACGCCGCCGUCGGAUUUCUGUCGCGAUUUCUGCGGGUAAAAGGACACGUAAACGACCGGCAGGUCCAAACGUUCAGCCAGAGCCUACACGACAUUUUGUCAGAACAAUACAAGCACCAUUGGUUCCCAGAUCGUCCCUGCAAAGGCUCAGGCUACCGCUGCAUCCGCAUCAACCACAAGAUGGACCCGUUGGUAGGGCAGGCGGGCCAGCGCAUCGGCCUGACUAUCCAGCAACUCUACCUGCUUCUGCCCAGUGAGCUCACACUAUGGGUGGACCCCUUCGAAGUGUCCUAUCGCAUCGGCGAGGACGGCUCCAUCUGCGUCCUGUACGAGUCGCAGCCCAAUCCGGCAGCCAUGCCGGGGAUGGCCGUGGCCAGCUCGCCAUCGGGAAGCGGCAGCACGAUGAGCCCCAUGGUGGACAGUCACAUCAGCUGCAAGGAGGAACUGAUGGUAAUGGGAAGAACCAGUCCCUCCAAAGCCUACAACAUGAUGACUGUGUCCAGUUAAGGGGGCCUAUUCGUCAUUCAGGGUCACACCUUGGCCAGUUGGGUGAAUUUGACCGGAUCAGGGCGAGCCUUUUUAAAAGCUAAGAAUAUGAAAUGAAAUAGUGAAAGAAGAAAAAAAAAGCAAAAGAAAAAGCAGAGGAUGUGCCCUAUCAUCCAGGUGAUGGAAACCUUGUAGGUUUGAUAACCCCCACCCCCCAUUAUCAUCUGUUCUGUUGUGUCAUUGGAUCAGCUGGGUACUCCUAUUUUAGGAGAGGCUUUGUGGAGAUGGAACUGUUGGGGCAGCUACACCACCCGACCAGGACUUACCUUAACCCCUUCGACUGUAAACAUGGUGAUCAGCUUCAACCCUGAAGAGGCUGUCAACAAUGACUUUGCACUUUUCUUACUUGUGGUUACUAUGGGUACAAGCGAAAUACACCACAGCAACACACAAAAAACACGCCAAAUUGUACGGAAUUUCCCCUUGAUAUACAAAGAUUUGAGGACGCUUAGUUGAGGAGGACGUUGAGGGUUUAGCCAGUCCAGAUAAAGACAGUGUCUAUUUGUGGUCAUAUCUUUUGCACCUGCUGGCGACUGGAGCUAACACCCUCCAUGUCCCCCUCUUCGAUUCAACUCGGGGUCUAACAAUUGCGACACCUGCUACCUAUGGAUACCAGCGUGUCCCCCGCACCCUCCCCAUCGACCAUGUAGCUUUCCAGGGGGAGGGCACAAAUUCCCCCCCCCCCUCAACCUCGAUUUAAUGAAUGUCGUUGAAAUUCACAAUCAAGUUGCCCCCCCUUUUCCGUCGCCACCCUUCUCUUUUCUCGCCAAAAUUCAAAGUGUAGCCAAGAUGGAGGAGCCAAUUCUAGCCAAAUUUGUUAGAAUUGACAUUGAAUGCACUUUGACGUUAGAUUGUGUGGGAUGUGUACUUUUUUUUUUUUAGAGCUAAUCGCCUGCAUUCCAUCCAUUCGAAUGUCAUUUUUUUAACCUCCUCCUCUGUUUUUAGUCAUACUGUAGCUCCAAUGGUGCGACAGACGGCCGUAUAUCAAAUAACCAUGGGACUCUGGAUUAAAGCAUUUUUUUUACACUGUAUCUGUGAACAUUUCAGAGCUUUUAAUUCAAGGCUGUAUUCACACUUGUGGUUCGGGUAGUCCAAAAAUGUAAAAAAAAAAAAAAAAGGAUCCUUGGUGCGCACUUAAGGCCGUUAGCUUAGCGGUCACUCUGGUAUUUUUUGUCAUGGGACCAAAGGCUGCACAGCAAAGACAUCAAGACAUGUUACGUAGCUAAAAUAUAACAAGCCAAAAUGCAGUCUGCUGGGUUGAAAAGUAUACCAGGGCUAUUCAACUUAUCAGUUAAAUCUUAGUAAAGGCUAACAUUUUUGCAAAAGAUUCCUACAAAUACUAAAGCACUGUCAUAUAGACCAGUGGUUCUCAACAUUUUUUCAGUGAUGUACCCCCUGUGAACAUUUUUUUUAAUUCAAGUACCCCCUAAUCAGAGCAAAGCAUUUUUGAAAAAAAGAGAUAAAGAAGUAAAAUACAGCACUAUGUCAUCAGUUUGUGAUUUAUUGAAUUGGAUAACAGUGAAAAAUAUUGCUUAUUUGAAGUGGCCUUUCUUGAACUAUUUGGAAAAGAAGAUAUAAAAAUAACUAAAAACUUGUUGAAAAAAUAAACAAGUGAUUCAAUGAUAAAUAAAAAAAUUCUACACAUAGAAGUAAUCAUCAACUUAAAGUGCCCUCUUUGGGGAUUGUAAUAGAGAUCCAUCUGGAUUCAUGAACUUAAUUCUAAACAUUUCUUCACAAAAAAAGAAAUCUUAAACAUCAAUAUUUACGGAACACGUCCACAAAAAAUCUAGCUGUCAAGACUGAAUAUUGCAUUGUUGCAUUUCUUUUCACAGUUUAUGAACUUACAUUCAUAUUUUGUUUAAGUAUUAUUUAAUAAAUAUAUUUAUAAAGGAUUUUUUAAUUGUUGCUAUUUUUAGAAUAUUUUAAAAAAAGUUUCACGUACCCCUUGGCAUACCUUCAAGUAUCCAAAGGGGUACGCAUACCCCCAUUUGAGAACCACUGAUAUAGAUGAUCCUUGACUAGCUUUUCUGCAGUAGGUCCUUAAAAACAGCAGAACGCUUCUGUGGUAUAGAUGAACUAGGACCAGUGUGAGCCUUUUUGGCAAAGUAAAACUUUUAAAGAAGGGCAGAUCCUUGCAUUGACAUUUUAAGCUCCUGAGCAAAGGACACUGGUGUUUUGCUAAAAAAAAGUUGCAACUCUUACAAAAGAAGUCCACUAAAUAGGUUGAGGAAUAUACAAAAUAAGAAAAGUGAAAGAAAAUGGUUCUUUGGCACCUAGAAUUUAGUUGAAUAGCCCUGAAGUCCGUUAUUUUUGUAUUUCCUAGCCUAGAUCGGAGAAAAUGCUUCUAAAAUAUACAAUUAAAGCGCACCUUUGUCACACACUCAGGGCAGAGAGACAGCACUUUCAACGUAUUCUCACUUUUUAACACUGAUCAGUGUCGUGUUGGCAAUUGAGCCCAACUGGAACAGAACCGCACCAGACUUGACUUAAGCGGUCUCGAUACACACCUGACUUAAAGUGUACUACAAGAGCGAACGCACCAGGCUUUGUUUCAACCCAACCGACCAUGACAAGUGUGAACACACCCUCAGAUGGUUUGCAUGAAGUUGACAGGAGGGUUAUCCCCAAAAGGUCUGGCUAAGUGAUGGUUGUGGUCAUUCAUUGUCACUUUUAAAGCAACACCGGGCCUCGUCAGCCUUUCAUUUCACUUACACCCCUGAGGUCUUUUAGGAGCUUUGGAGGUGCAUUGCCUUACCUCUCGUCGUGAACUAUGAGCCAUUAGUGAUUUUGAAGACGCAGAACGGCGCUCUCUACUGCCCACAUAGCCCAGCCUGGCAUCUCCUCUCGCCCGGACUUCGAGUGCCUCAAGUGCCACAUAUCACCCCCUCAGCCAGCGCACUGCUUGUCAGACCCCCCGACCCUCCCGUGGAUGCAGGUAGACCUAAUGUGACAUAUCAUCAUCCAUCACCCGCAUGGGAGGAAGGCCGGUAUGGGUGUUUUGCGAUAAAGGAGCCGGGCAGGGUCAGAGCUGGACUCUUUGUCCAGGGCAGCUAAAAUCCCUCUGGCCCUCCCCGCUCCAGACUUAUUCAGCAUCCCGAGCCCAGCCUUCCACUGUCCCUUCAGAUGGAUAAAAAAAAAAACCAGCACACACACGCCCAAUGGUGAGCUCACGCUCCACUCAACUGGGUGGCGGGCGGGGGGAGGGGGGUUUUGCCGUAGCAACUUGAAAAGAAGGAAAAGAACUGAUUGAGCGUACUAUACUGUUGUCUAGUUUUCAUCUCACUGGAUCGCGCUGCAUUUAAUUACUGAGUAGCAUCUUUGUUUACAUGCCUAUGAAAGGAUGUGAUGGCUGCACCGCGGCCCCCCCCGCCCCAGGUUCCGGGAGCAGAUGCCGGGGGGCGGCGACAUGCAGUAGUCUUGUCAGUCGCUGGUCCGAACAUUUAAAGCCUGAAAAGAUGAUGGGUAAUGAAGCUAUAGCCUUUUGACGCACUGCACACCCAACCCCCUAAACACACACCACCUGUUAUUUUACUUUAGCUGCAAAUACUUACUGAAAAAUGAAGAGCUGGCUGGGACGGGAGUUUUAGUGUCCGCUUGGCGCCUUUCUGGCUCUCAUUCUUUCACGGUCACACUGGUUGCUCUUACCCUCCCUGACACAUCGUCUCUUCUCGUCAUUAACUUUUAUCAGACCCCAAAUUUGACACACAUUUAAAAAAAUUAAAAAAAUAAGACACCAAAAUCCCCUUGGUCACCUGUACCACCGCCAACAGAAAAAUGGCUUAACGUCCUCAGUACGAUUUAAAUGGCAUCCAUUCACGCUCGUGCGCACAUAGCUUAAGAGUGCUUUGGGUUCAAAGAAAAAAGUCGGAGGUAAAAUAGCACAUAAAAUGCACUAAAAACGUCAAGUUUUUCUUCUGGAGACGCAAGGAGUCUCUCCUGGAAUGUAUUGCCAAACUCAGGCCUGGGACAUUGAAUAAUAACGAUUUACUAAAAGCUUGUUAAAUGUGUUUUAAGACGUGGCACAGGAAGGGAACAGCCGUUUUGUUGUUAUGAAUAUUGUCAUCGAGUAGUUGAAUUAUUGCCACUUUCACAUACGACGGUGUUUUACAUAUUGUAGAAUGUAUUGUAACUGUACAAGCAAUGGUAGAGUGCAUAACAUUACACAUGGGAAGUGCCAAUAAUUGCUAUCCUUGAAGUGUUUUUUCCUUUUUUGUUCGUCAUCUUUUAACAUGGGUAACACUUUUUUUUGUAAGUGAAGCCAUUUUAGAAGGGUGUGUUGGCAAGGACCAAAGUUGUUUUGGGUUUUUAUUAAAAAAAAAAAAAAGUUACCAUGAUCAGUAAUCAUAGACAUAUUCUCUGUUUUUAUUUGUUUUUUUUCUCCUUUUUUCUAUUUACUUACAAAAGCAGAAAAAUAGACAAAAAAAAUCUAAGCUUACCCAAGAAGAAAAGCUUGUGAUCUCAUGUUAUUGUGUUGAGUUGAUUUUUUUUCUCUCUCUGGGUAUGUUGUGAUGAACUGCUGUAAAUUUGUACAGUUCAUGUAAAUUGAUUGUGCGGAAGUUGUACAGAUUUCUAUAUUUUGAAAGAAAAAGGUUUUUUUUUCUCUGUAAUAAAAGAUUUCCUAUCUUGGCAUCAUA